GGCGAGCGGGCGCCGUGCGCGUGUCCCGCGGCCGAGCUGCUAAUAAAGUUGCAGCGCGGGGAAGCGCAGCGGCGGCGCGGGGAGAGCGCUCCCAGCCGGCGGGACUUGAAUCAAUGAAAGAAACGAAUGGCACUUGUGAAGAUAAAUGUCAUUCUUCCCUGUUUAAUUGGAGCUUCCGCUUAGGACCUCUAUAAGACUUUUUCACCUGUGAUCUAUUUCUUCAGUAACUACUGACUUUGAUUACAGGAAGGUCUCUGAAGAUUUGUAUCAAAUGACGUCAAUGGCCAGCUUGUUUUCUUUUACUAGUCCAGCAGUGAAACGAUUGUUGGGCUGGAAACAAGGUGAUGAGGAAGAAAAAUGGGCAGAAAAGGCAGUCGAUGCUUUGGUGAAAAAGCUAAAAAAGAAAAAGGGUGCCAUGGAGGAACUGGAGAAAGCCUUGAGCAGUCCAGGACAGCCAAGCAAAUGUGUCACAAUUCCUAGGUCUUUAGAUGGACGCCUACAAGUUUCUCACAGAAAAGGCUUACCCCACGUUAUAUAUUGUCGGGUUUGGCGCUGGCCUGAUUUGCAGAGCCAUCAUGAGUUAAAGCCAUUGGAUAUUUGCGAAUUUCCCUUUGGAUCUAAGCAAAAAGAAGUUUGCAUCAACCCAUACCACUAUAAGAGAGUGGAGAGUCCAGCUGAUACGCCUCCUCCUGCCUAUAUGCCGCCCGAUGAGCAGAUGGGUCAAGAUAAUUCCCAGCCUAUGGAUACAUGCAAUAACAUGAUUCCUCAGAUCAUGCCCAGUAUAUCCAGCAGAGAUGUUCAGCCUGUUGCCUAUGAGGAGCCCAAGCAUUGGUGUUCAAUCGUCUACUAUGAAUUAAAUAACCGUGUUGGGGAAGCUUUUCACGCAUCUUCUACUAGUGUGUUAGUAGAUGGAUUCACAGACCCUUCAAAUAACAAAAGUAGAUUCUGCUUGGGAUUGUUGUCAAAUGUUAAUCGUAAUUCCACAAUUGAAAACACUAGGCGGCACAUUGGUAAAGGUGUUCAUCUAUACUACGUUGGUGGGGAGGUGUAUGCUGAGUGUCUCAGUGACAGCAGCAUAUUUGUACAGAGCAGGAACUGCAACUUCCAUCACGGCUUUCAUCCCACCACCGUCUGUAAGAUUCCUAGCAGCUGCAGCCUGAAAAUUUUUAACAAUCAGGAGUUUGCUCAGCUUCUGGCUCAGUCUGUCAACCAUGGGUUUGAGGCAGUAUAUGAGCUCACCAAAAUGUGCACCAUUCGAAUGAGUUUUGUCAAGGGCUGGGGAGCAGAAUAUCACCGGCAGGAUGUUACCAGUACUCCUUGUUGGAUUGAGAUCCAUCUUCACGGGCCUCUUCAGUGGCUGGAUAAAGUCCUUACUCAGAUGGGCUCUCCUCUGAACCCCAUCUCUUCUGUUUCAUAGUGCAGAAGUACUCUUCUCAGUUACAUUAUUAGUGAACUUGUUUUAAUUUUAGAGAAACUUCCAGUACAGAUACUGUGAGCUGACAUGGAAAAACAGAUCUUACAGCUUACUUUUUUCUACAAAAUCGUGACCAACGCGUUUGUACUUUGUGGCGAAUCUACAUUUGUUUGUAUUCGUGUGCAUGUGAUUAACUCUCAAAAGUAUUGUGAAAGACGUGGUGUGAGUACUGUGCCCCUGCUCAGAAGUUCGGCCUCGAUCUUAAACUGGAAUAUGCUUUUACUUACUGUCCCAACAAUGUUUUCAUUUGUUAAGUUUUUUAAAGGUGAUGAUGAAAAACGAUAGUGUAAGAGAGUGUAUCUAGUGACCAGUGAGUCUUCCUUCCUCUUGAUCCUCCAGAAGCUAUGCUUCUAACGAUGUCUUUGUCCCACCAACUUUAAAAAAGCAUAGUGCAUUGUUUUGCAGAAGCAUAUGGUGGGGGCUUAAAAGAAACUAUAAAAAGUCUUUUAUUUGAAGGAACACUAUGCACUGCCCUAACAAGUAGUGUUCAGUAAAAACAAAGUGAUAGUUUUCUAGGUGGCAUCAUAAAAUUUACAUUUAAUAUAGCUAAAUGUUUGUCAGUGUAAUGUGAUUUCAUGCUAUAUAUCUUUUGUAAAACAUUUCCUUUUUAAAAAAAAAUACUGCAAGUAAUUGAUCUCUAGUAUAUGUCAUUUAUUCACACUCUGUCAUAAGUGCUGCUUCAUAGCUAGUGAAAGAGCAUGUGCAGCCUGCUUCAGCUGUUUGCUACGUUUGGCCAAUGUUGCGAGAGCUCUAAUUGUGUCAUGCAUUAAUCUUUUAUUUUGCACUUUUAUGGGUGACAGUUUUUAGUGUAACUUUGGUCAAACACACUCAAGUGACUUGUACUUACUUUGAUGCUUACCCUUAUCUCCUUGGUACCCCUUUUGUAUUAACAAACACUGCAAUUUAUAGAUUACAGUUGUAGGAAGUUAUGCUUUUUCUAGUUUUUAAUUUUUCAACAUAGGUUAUAAAACUAUUAUUCUAUAACUCCAACUAAGGUGCCUUUUUAAUUCCCUACAGCCUUAUGGGUGUAUAACUUGGAAAAUCAGGUACUUAUUGCCAUUGAUCUUACUUACAUCACUCUCCUCAUGCAAGGACCUACGCACUGUAGCCAUGGGAGGCUCUUCAGUUUGGCCCCAAGGGUGAGGUUACCGGUCUGAUGGUAAAUAAAUCAUCAGUGGGUAUUGGGAUAGCUGAUUUUAAAGUAUUCAUGUAUCAAAGAGUGCACAUUUUUCUCUCACUGUCAUCAGUGCUCUCUGUCUGUGUUUUUAGUAUCUAUAUGGAUUGUGUUUAUCUUCUUAGGGGAAAAGACAUGAAAAGUCUAAAAUAUCCAUUUUAUCAGUUGUGCCUUUGGCUUUGAGUAUAGGACUCUUAACCACUUUUUCUGGAGAGCAGUCAGAUGGACACUUAGUUAUGGCAUAAGGAUGAAGAAGUGACUUUGAAAAGAAAAAUGACCUAUUUUACCUAUCAGAACGAGAAACUUCAUUUUCUGGUGCCUUUGAAAGUAUAUGGAGCCUUGUCGUUCUUCUGUUAAUUAUUUUGAUUUGACUUUCUAUUUUGCCCUUCUGGCUUUUAUGAGGGGAAAGAAAAAAAGCAUUUUUUAAGGAUAGAAUUAUGUGUCUCCUUUUGUUUUCUGUGUCAUUAUUUAUUGCUUUUUCACAGUGCAGCCAUUGGGUGGUUUUAGUGCCCUCAUGAAGUGCCAUUUGUGUUUCAGCUCACAGUCCUUUGCUGGGUAGAAAGAAUACUUUGACACCUGAGCCUUAAGCAUCAGUAUUACAUAGCAUGUAUUCUUAGCCCUCCAGAGUUGUACCAGCCACACAAGACAAAAUUAUUUCCUAUGUAUUUUUAUCAUUCUUUUACUUAGCAGGCUUACGGCACAAUCUUUGGAACAAAUAUGUAGGAAAUAAAAUGACUCACAUUGAAUGACAGAUAUGAUCCACGUUAUUGGGCUCUAGUAAACUUGUGACAAGUAUUGUUUCAUUGAUACUUUCGACAGUAUGUUAAAAACUGUUUUACUUGCAGUCAUCUUGUUAGCCUUUAGAGUUAGCAGGAUUUUAUGUGAUUGUGAUUGGUCUUUUCUGUGUUUUCUCUAAGGAGUUUUGUCUCAUGAGUGACAGUAUUGAAACUACUAAUUGUUAGGAGUUUCACUGAGAAGGAUGAGCCUGUUUUUUUUUUUCCUAAAAGUUGUCAGCUUCACAUUUGUGGCCUUUAAGUGAAAACUUUAUUCAGUCCAGCUGCUCUUGGAGUCCCUAAGGGUUCACAUCUAGCUAUGGAUAGGAAAUAAAAAUUGCUAGUAAGAUUAAAAUGAAAAAAAGUAAAUUUCUGACCAAUAAAAAGAAGUGCCUCUAAAAUAACCAUUUCAUAAGAGCAUGAUUUUUAUUUCAUCUGUGGAGUACUCUGUAGUCAGAUUUAUGGAACCCUCUACACCACCACUACAUUUUACACGCUGUAAAAUGUAUCAGUAUAUGCCAGCUAAAAGGAGAAUCUGAGACAGUGUGAUUGCAGCCAGUUUGGUCAAUGUGAAAAGCAAAAUAAAAAUUCCCAGCAAUGAAUUAAAGCAACAAGAAGACACUGAUUAGAA